UUCCCCGGCGUGGCAAUGGUGACGGGCGCAGCAGGAACAGGUAUCGGAGCCUCAGUCGCGAAAGCGUUCGCUGCGGCCGGGUGUGAAAGGAUUGCGAUUACAGAUCUGAAUGAAAAGCUCCUGGCGGAUACCUUGAGCCAUAUCUCCGAAGCCUACCCACAAGUGCAGAUCUAUUCCGCGGCAGGCGACAUCUCAGACGAGAAGUUCGUGGACUCGUUUGUAAAAGAAACUGUACGAAAGUUUGGACGAUUGGACUACUGUGUGAAUUGCGCUGGAAUCCUAGGGAACAAUGCUGCGUCCCAUGAGACGACCACGGAGGAAUUCGAUAGGAUCAACGGGGUGAACUAUCGGGGUUGCUGGUUCAGUUCACGUGCACAGAUUAGGGCUAUGUUGGCCCAGGAACCAUUGGAUCAUCUGAAUGCAGAGGAGGAUGGAAGAGGACGACAGAGGGGUGCUAUUGUGAAUAUUGCCAGCCAGCUGGGAAUUGUAGGAAGGCCGUGUGCUCCGGCAUACUCGGCAUCCAAAGCAGCUGUAAUGGCAAUGACUCGAGCCGACGCCAUUGAUUAUUCAUCAAAAGGCAUUCGAGUAAACUGUAUCUGUCCCGGGAUAAUCGAGACGCCAAUGACGACUGCUGAUAAGGAUUGGGCUUCGUUGAUAAAGCCGGCGGUGGAUAUUGCGCCGAUGAAGAGAAUGGGCAAGCCAAGUGAGAUAGCGGAUUGUGCGUUGUUUUUGGCGAGUGCGAAGGCGAGCUUCGUGCAAGGUCAUGCGAUGGUUGUAGAUGGUGGUUAUAUAAUUGAAUAGAUGAGAUUGUUGAAGGAUGUUUUGCUUGAAUAGAGGAAGUGGAAGUGGUGGAUAGGAAGUGGUAGAUAGGAGUUUGCAAGUAAACUGGGUGAGAAGAAUUUCCUGAGUUUGUCUUGUAUUUUAUCCAGGCUUCAAGAAUCAAGACGAAAAUGAAUCCCC